AUGGCAAACCGUCUGAAAUUCUACAUGCCUAGAUAUAUUUCUGCUAACCAGAAUGUCAUUGUUAAAUAUUCGUCAAUCUUUGAUUCCAUCAUUCUUACCAGUGGUAUUUUUAAUUCUUUUCGUUAUAUAGGUGGUAAUAAAGCUUGGAUGGCCAUGAAAAUCGAUUUUAAAAAAGCUUAUGAUCAGUUGGAGUGGGAUUUCAUUUUUAAAACUUUUGAAGAUUUGGGUUUGAAUAAUACUUGGAUAAAGCGGUUAAAAUUGUGUAUUACUUUUGUUUUUUUUGAAGUUUUGUUUAAUGAGAGUCCUAGUGAAAGUUUUGUUCCCUCUAGAGGCAUCAGACAAGGGGAUUCUUUGUCCCCUUAUUUGUUUAUCACUUGUAUAGGGGUUCUUAGUAGAAUGAUUAAUUAUGGUACUGAUCAUAAGAUUAUAAAGGGGUUUAAAGUUUGUAGGGGAGCUCCUAUGGUCAUUCACAACUUCUAUGUUGAUGAUAUAGUCUCAGUUUUCUUGAUGCUAAUCUUCGAAAUGUUAAGAAGAUUGGCUAAAUCUCUUUGUAGAGGUCUUCAAAUGCAGUUGAGUGAUAAGCCAGCCAAGACAAUUUGGAGAAUUGCUUGUUUUAAUACUUCGGCAGUUUCAAUUCUUCUUAAGGAUAUGUAUAUUAAGAGUACCUCUUUCUGGGUAACCAGUAGCCCUAAUCGGGCAUCUUGGUGUUGGAGAAGUAUCCUUAAGGGUAAGGAAUUGAUCAAGGGAAGUCUGAAGUUGAGUAAUGGCUGUGGAGAUAGGUUUGAUGUUUGGCAAGAUAACUGGUGCAAUGAUGAACCACUAGUUAAUUUAUUAAACCCAGAUAUCAAUUCCCAUGAUCCAUUGAGAGUAGCUGAUCUUAUUGAUGCUUUCUCUAAUGAUUGGAAUUUAAAUCAUAUCAACGAUAGCAUUCCUGGGGACAUUAUUUUUAAAAUAAAGGUUAUACAUAUUUCCAUUUCCAAACGGUCAAAGGAUAAACUUGUUUGGCCUUAUUCUAGGGAUGGUCAGGUGUCACUCAAGGAUUGUUACAGUUAG